AAUCGCGUACGGAAAACACGAUUACCGAUUCACUCUUUCCGCUUUUUCCGAAAACCAAAUUGUUUUAAAAAAAGUUUUGUUCUUUGUUGAAACUCUCUGUCAUCUUUUUUUACGAAUUCUUAACCCAUCUUCUUCUAUUUUCUUGGUAAUUACUAUUUAAAAUCUUCGAUUAUUAAUCACGACCAAUGGACCAAAUUUUCACUUCUGAAAUAGAACCAAAACUUGAGGUUCAAGUGUCUCAACGGGAUCAACUUGGAACUGGUGAUAUACGGCGACUGAAUCAAUCGAUGCAACGAGUUAGGAAACAACUGAAAAUUAUUUUGAAUGUUAUCAUGAAAUGUUAUCGAAAGACGAUGGCCGCUUUUUUGAAGAAAGGAUCAAAAUUUGCUCUGAAAAGGAAACAAACAGUAAAAUCCUCGUCCAACAGGCAAACAUCGACACAGAAAACUACACAGCAAGAAAAGACUCAGCCUGCAGAUAAACCACAAAUGAUGCCCCAACAGUCCCAGCAACAAGUCCCUAUACCAGUAGCAUCCAGUGUACAGAUUCAGCCUCAAAUGGUGGUCAUGAGUGGUCAACAACAACCCCAAGGACAGCAAAUGCAUAUUCAACAACAAAUUCAAGGGGCACAAACAAACCAAUCUACGUUAGGUACGUUAGAUGCCCAGUCGCAAGCUGAACUAAUGAACGAAAUGAACCAAUUAAUGGAAUCGUUGAUAACAAAUAUAAAAUCAGGGAAAGCAAAUCAGAAAACAAUCAUUUCAACUCUUACAUCUAAUAAAACAUUAAUGGCCAUCUCUUUGAAACAACAGCAGGCUUCAUCUCUAUCAUCACAUAAUCAACUUUUCCAGCAAUGAAUAAAUUUUUUAGCGUUAACGAGAUGUUUUCAGUAAGAAUCGUCAACAAUUAAGAAAAAGUAAAUGUCGCGAAAUCAUUCAAUUGUCAUCGAUUAUGAUAAAGUUCGAAGAAUAUUUAAUUAGGUUAAUUAUUCAAAUCUUAUUUGAAGUAAAACUCUGAAUUUGUAUCGAUGACUCAGUAAUUAAAUCUAAUUUAAUAUUCA